AUGGAAGUCUUCCUGUCCAACGUCCCUCUGAACCUGACGGACCGCACGCUGGAGCAAGAACUGAAGCCGUACUUGAAUGCUUUGGGUAUUCUUGACUGGUCAUGCUCAUCCAAGCGAGACAACAAAUUCGGAUGGGUGACCUUCCUCCAUCAAAACGAUGGUCACAAGUUCUUGAGCCGCCAUGGGAAACAGUCCAUCACUACUUCUGAGGCCACUCGCAUCUUCACCUCACUAGGCGGCCCUAAGAACCGAAAGGGCCCAAGAGAGAAGGCAAAUCUCUAUCUCAUGAACAAUCCCGUUUUUGUCUCUCAGAGCAAUAAACCUCCAGACCCUUUCGUGCUCAAAAAUCUCAACCAUCGCCUGCAAGAGAAGUGCUCUCAACGCAACCAGCAAGGUGCUUCCACCAAUAACGAUACUAUCAAGUUCCACUUCACCCAUUUGGCAUGUGGCCACAACUCAUUUGGGGACGGCCAGAAAGCCCUCAUAUUCAACGAGCAGUACCGCUUCAGCGAUCAAGGCCUGGCAAAAUUCGGCAAUAAGAGGCUCAUCUUGAACUCCAGUCGUGGCGCCAAAGUGGAAAUGCCCUAUUCGUCUGUCGUCGAGAUGAUACACAGCUCGACCCCAAACACUUUUACACUUGUCUUGAGUGAACCCCCGCACUUCUACCAGACGAAUCUCGAGAUUCAACAGAAGAUGUAUCAGUUGAGCCUAGGUCUUCGCAUGCCACAGCAAAAGUCGCUGGCCCGCUGCCUCGGCAUUCCCGAUGCCAAAGAGCACGCCAAAUACUCUGGCAAUUGUCUUGUCUACCAGCUCGGUGUUUUUGACCCCGACUUCGACCACAAGAUGAUUAGUCUUGAGAAGAAGGGCUUGCUGGUUAUUGCUCACUCCAAGGUCGCCCUUAACCAGACGCCUGCUUUCCGCAAAGAAGACCAUCACAGUUCGUGGACUUACUUCUACGGCGAUCUGGCUGCUGCUGGAAAGAGCGAGAUACUCCCUUUUGGUAUCCUCUUUCAGCUGCAGUCUCUGGCUUUCAAGAGCCUGCGUGGGAAUAUGCAAGAUGGCAUACCCUUCCCAUGCCAUGACACAGAUCCCAAGAUUCUAGACCCGACUGAAAUUCUGCGAUACCUCUUGGUGAUUGAAAAGCGCCUACAUUCCGAAAAAGAUUACCGAAAUAACUUGCUUGGGCCUGAGAUGGCGGAUCAUCACGCGUGGGUUUUCAAGGCUAUGGUGACACCAACAAGAAUUACGCUCCACGGCCCAGAACCAGAGCCCCUGAAUAGAGUGCUUCGCAGGUUCCCGAACCACACUAGUUAUUUUAUGCGGGUUACCUUUUGCGACGAAGAUGGCAGUGAUCUGUUUUUUAACCCCAGGGUGUCCUAUGACCAGAUCUUCGAUCGCUACAGGGAGGUUCUGAAUGGAGGAAUUCAGGUCGCUGGCCGAAAGUACCAGUUUCUCGGGUUCUCCCAUUCCUCUCUCCGAUCCCACUCGGCUUGGUUUUCAGCCCCAUUCGUGGAUGAUACUGGAAAACUGCAGCUGUACGCAAACAUAAUUAAAUCCCUCGGCGACUUUGAGCACAUUCAAAUACCCGCAAAGUGCGCCGCGCGCAUCGGACAGGCGUUUUCCGAGACGCCUGCUUUCAUCAAUCUUCCAGAACAUCGCAUUCAGUCUUGGGACAUACCAGAUGUUAAAUCAUGCGACAGGAACAUGGAACGAGUUUUUAGCGACGGCGUGGGAACGAUCUCACAAGAAGCUGUCGAACUAAUUUGGCCGCGUCUCCCUAGAGGGUCGCUGGUUCCCACAUGUCUGCAGAUCCGCUGGGGUGGCGUCAAGGGUAUGCUUUCGCUGGAUUCUCGGCUGCCCGGCCGUGCCAUCUGCAUCCGGAGGGAAUCCAUGGAGAAAUUCCCGAGCGAUGAUGUGACGAACCUCGAAAUCUGUGAUGCGGCGUCCAAGCCUCUCAAGUUGGUUCUCAACCGACAGAUGAUCAAGAUCAUGGAGGAUAUGGGUGUCGACAAGAACUUCUUUCUCCGAUUACAGAAAAAGGAGCUCGAUCGUCUGCGUGCUGUCACCGCAGACGCCUACAACACCGGCACAUUUCUGCAUCUACAGGGUAUGGUAUCGAUUACCGAAGAGACGAGUUCCUGA